UCAACGUCCAACAAUAAUGACAUUUUACCUGCUCCGUUGCAGAGCUGCCACGGUUCACGCCCAGGAAGGCGCCGGUCAGUCCCGGGAGCCAAGUGCCCUGGGGCACACGCCUGUAGCGGCAUAAAGGGCCGCCGUGCGGGAGCCGGCACAGCCUCUCCGAGCUGCAGCGAGUGUCCCGUCGGUGGCCGUGAGCGCAGACCCCAGAGAUGAAGACCCUGUUCCUGGCCAUCAGCCUCGGCCUCGUUGCCACCCUGCAGGCCCAGGACCCCUCGGCCGAGGAUGGGGAGAUUGAGGAUAUGUCAGGAAGGUGGUAUAUGAAGGCCAUGACAGCCGACAAGCAGAUGCCUGGGAGGAAGGUGCAAUUUGUGACUCCCAUGACCAUCACGGCCCUGGAGGGGGGCAACCUGGAAAUCGAGGUCACCAUGGUGGCAAACGGCCAGUGCGAGGAGAUGCAGGUCGACCUCAAGAAAGCGGACAAGCCUGGCAAAUACACGGCCUUCUGGGGCAUGCGCCGGGUGUCCAUCAUCAAGUCGUCUGUGAAGGACCACUACGUCCUCUACUGUGAGGGCAAGCUGUUCGGGAUACAGGUCCGGAUGGCGAAGCUCGUGGGCAGAGACCCCGAGAACAACCAGGAAGCCUUGGAGGACUUUAAGGAGAUUGCAGCGGCCAGAGGAAUCAGCUCGGGACGCGUCACUGUGCUCAAGCAGACC